UUUUGUUGUUUAUUUGCUGCGAUGGAUCACGCCGCCGAUGCACAGCGCACAGAUCUUAUGACGCUUACGAGGUUUGUGCUCAACGAGCAGAGCAAGCAUCCGGAAGCGCGAGGCGAUCUCACGAUUCUCCUCAGCCACAUUGUUCUUGGCUGCAAAUUCGUCUGUGCCGCUGUUAACAAAGCUGGCCUUGCAAAGCUCAUUGGACUUGCUGGAGACACAAACAUACAGGGAGAAGAACAAAAGAAGCUGGAUGUUCUUUCAAACGAAGUUUUCAUCAAGGCACUGUGCAGCAGUGGUCGAGCAAACGUUCUUGUCUCCGAGGAAAACGAGACUGAAAUUUACGUUGAAACUUCAAGGCGAGGAAGGUUUGCUCCCAUAAACAUUUCUCAGUAUUAUCACUUUCUCUCCAGGUACUGCGUAGUUUUCGAUCCCCUCGAUGGCUCCUCCAAUAUAGAUUGCGGCGUAUCAAUUGGAACGAUCUUUGGCAUUUAUAUGCUGAAAGAUGGAAAGGCGGGCGUUGUCAGUGAUGUCUUACGGCCUGGAAAAGAAAUGGUUGCCGCUGGAUACUGCUUAUAUGGAAGUUCGUGCAUGCUUGUUUUGAGUAUAGGAAAUGGCGUCCAUGGCUUUACACUGGACCCUGCUCUUGGAGAGUUUAUUCUUACACAUCCAGUAAUGCGGGUUCCAAGGAAGGGAAAGAUUUAUUCUGUGAACGAAGGAAAUGCUAAGCACUGGGAUGAACCAACAAAAAAAUACGUGGAGAUUGCAAAGUUUCCGACAGGCGGCUCGGUGCCAAAGUCUCUUAGAUAUAUCGGAAGUAUGGUGGCAGAUGUCCACAGGACUUUACUCUACGGUGGCAUUUUCAUGUAUCCCGCUGAUAAAAAAAGUCCAAACGGAAAGUUGCGCCUUUUGUAUGAGGUUUUUCCUAUGGCAUAUCUCGUAGAACAAGCAGGCGGACAAGCUUUCACUGGAAAAGAGCGCGCACUUGACGUUGUUCCAAAAAAGAUUCAUGAGAGGUCACCAAUAUUCCUGGGAAGCUUUGAAGACGUUGAAGAGAUCAAAAGUCUCUAUCACGCAUCCGGUUUGCUUUAGCUCCCAAUCGUGUACAGCCUCGUGCAAUCACGCUAUUAGAGUGUCACAAAAAUUGGAUUACAUAAACGGAAGACUCGAAACAUGGUCAUUCAGGUUAUUGGGCUCCUUUUGUUCUUUCUAAUAUACUUUCCAGGAUGACACUUAGUUUCUUCCAUG